UCAUAGGUCAUCAGGACGGUCGACAUUUUGUUAGCUCCUUAGCAAAAUAAACCUUUGGGGUUGUGUCAGGGCAGCUUGUUUGUGAUCAGAGUUUUUUUAGUGGCCUGACAGUGAAACUCUGAAUCAUGUGGUAUGAGAUCCUGCCUGGUUUCGCCAUCAUGACGGCGUGUCUGAUCAUCCCCGGCGUCGCCACCUCGCAAAUCCACAAGUUAAUGAACAACGGGAAGGAGAAGAGGGUCGCCCGGGUCCCGUGGCACUGGUACAUGAUGGCCAGAGACGAGCGGCUGUCAGGAACAGGAGAGCACUAUGUCACCAAGGGACUUGAGAACAUCCACUAACGAUGAGGACAGAAGACCAUGAGAAGGAAGUUCUUUGUUGUACAUUAAAAAAUUAUAUUUAACAGUCGGUUUUGUUUUUUUCAGUCUUUUGAGGCAGUUGUGAUCAAUUAAAUCGUUCCAUACUGGGAAA